AUGUCAGUAUCGGAUUUGGACAUUUGUAACUUAGCGUUUGAAGGAAAUUUGGUGAAAUUGAAAGAGAGAAUAGAAGAAAGGAAAGAUCUCAUACGCACCAAAGAUCAGGUAUUAUAAAUUUUACUGAAUGUUUUCAUUGGAAUUGUUGGAACAAAUUUUGAACAAGCUACAAAAGUUAUACUUUUCUGCCCCCCCCCCCUCCCCCAGUGAAUUUAAUUCAUAUCAGAAUAGCGAAUGAUUUUUUAUUAUAAAAGAGGUGUGCCAAAAUCCACUUGCUAAAUUUAUUAAUAAUACUCAGCAGAGUCUUAGCCAGGAUUUGCAACUUGGGUGUCCAAAUUUGAAAUUUUGUUUACGAAACCCAAUUUUUGCCAUAUGGAACCAUGGUACCACUUCAUGCAGCAGUAAUUCAAUGUGAUUAUUCCCGAAUGCUUGGAGUAAUCGGUGACUGCACUCGAAAAUCGCCCAAAAACUAUAAUAAUAUAUUAAAUUAUUCAGACUAUGUUACUACCACUACACUGACUACAGUAGUACAUGCGAUUCUGCAUGCUAAACACCCUUUCUGCUUCUACAAUUCCAACCAUUACACACAAGCACGUUGCCAAUUAGUUGAAAACUAGGCGAGUCUAUUUCCUGAAAGGUCAAUAAAAUUUGUGUAGGUGUCACUAGCGGCGCAUGCUCAUACUCGGAUUACAAAAUUACAUGUUACUAGCCGUUUCUACUUAGCGAACAAAACGCAAAUACAUAAAUUAACAUAAUAUUUUAUUGUAAGGUACUCUACAGCUUUUACCAAGCCGUCUAAAAGGCGUCACCAUGAUAGCGAACCGUCCAAAAGCCGUCUUUUUUAUAAGGCCGUCCAAAUUUGAAAAUAGCCGUCCAAAAGACGGCUGGACGGUAGGCUGGCUAAGACCCUGAUACUCAGGCUAAUCUCGAACUGUUGGUGCCGGUGCGCAUGUUCUGCCACACUAAUGUUUUGGCUUUGGAGGAAAUUUAUUUCCUUUGCAAAAAUACUUGCAAUUAUAAAAAUCUGCACAAAAUUCCUCAAUACGUAAAAGCUGCAAGUAAUUUCUGACGAAAGCAGAUUUCUGAUCUUUAUAUUUGACAAAAACAUUUUGCUCUUCUUCGCUCCGCACCAUAUUGGUUGGUGAAACCAACUCAACCAGAUUGAGGAUUGACUAUGUACAUUGCCAUGCUAUUGUUUUGUAAAACAUAUCAGUGGUCGACAAUUCAUGAAACAUUUGAGGUGCAAGUUUAAUUAAGUGUGAAUUUAUUCUGACCCUGUUUGCUGCUGCAGAUUACAGUUAAGAUGUAGACUCUGAAGGUUUUCAUGGUUGUCAAAAAUAUAUGUGGUUUUAGAGUGGUCGAGUGGCACUUCAUUGGGCGGCUUCGGCAGGAUAUGUUGAUGUUGUGAAAUAUUUGUUGCAACAAGGUGCACAAGUGGAUGCCAGGGAUGAGGUGAGGAUAGAUAUGUACAUUGCCAUACAUGUGGAGUUGGUUUGUGUCAUCCCACUAUAAUUAUACCACCCAAUGUAAUGUGCAGUAGUUCAACGAGUUAAACCCUGUUAACCUGUUGACUGGCAAUGCGGGCACAUUGUAUUAUACUUUAGUAUUUACUCAUACUUUAGUAUUUACUCAUACUUUAGUAUUUACUCAUACAUUUCUCAUACUUUAGUAUUUACUCUGUAUAACGCCAGACGAUUUUACUUGUCAGUGGUACUGCCAGUAAAUGGGUUAAUAUGUCAACAAUGGGCCAUAUUUCGUUGGUUAGAUGCAACUACCUGAAAAAUACAAGGAGAAAUUCAACGUUUUGAGCGAAACCCCUUUGUCGGGACGUUAGUAGCAAUCAGAUGGAUAAACAAAAAAUGUAAAUCACAUUCCAGAAUGUAUAGUAAUACAAAUAUACAGAAAACUACAAAUUUAAGAAUGCUUUGGAUUGAUAGUGAUGCAACUAGCUGAAAAAUUGAAAAAUUAUACAAGGAGAACCUCAGAUUUUAGCUUUGGUUGAUAACACAAACUUCUGGCUUGAUAAUUCUUUAUAUCAUCCCCAACCUCAAUAAUUGUUAAAUAUGUGAGAUUUUCUUCCUCAGAUGGAAUGGACACCGUUGAUCAUCUCAGUGUCGGCUGGAAUGGAGGAUGUUGUGAGGCUGUUGAUUGGCUGCGGAGCUGACGUGAAUGCCACCAAUAAAACUGGCCAAUCACCACUGCAUUACGCUGCAUCCAAAAAUAGACUACAGGUACAUCAUACAGUUCAUAUAUAUAAGAGCAACAGAAUGAUCAAGAAAAUAAUUGGAAGAAAUUAUUUAAUGUGGAUAGCUCCAUCACAACUAAUUAAGUAUUCUCCUAUAGGCCAAAUGUUAAAAUAGCAGCUGAUCACCAAUCAAUGAUUGGCAAGAAAUUAUUUAUGAUUGCAUGAAAAAAUAGGGUUGUCAGUAAAAAAAGCAGGGAAAGUCAUGACUACACCGAUCACCAUGAUCGGGAACUAAUUGGUUAAAGUUCAACCCCUAGCUGGCCCUGAUUUCACAAUAACAUAGGCGAGUAAUUGUGUGAUUGAUUGAUUACAUGCAUGUGUACAGUACAACUCAAGUUGUAAGCAGGUUGCAUAUUGCAACAGUUUUAGGCAAAAGUUGUGUAGUGUAUUUGUAAGUUGGCCUAAAAAUUACAAUAGAUAUCCUGUUAUCAGUAAUUUCUAUGAUGUUCUAUGUCUCCCCAUACUUCCAGAUGAUCUUGAUACGCGGAAAAGUACUGGCACUAUUUGUCAAAUAGAAAUCCAUUUUAUGAUUAAAACAACUGAAUAUCUCCUGUAAUAUACUUUAUUUCGAUUCCAUAUUUUUGUCAGAGCUAUAGUUCUCAUAACCAAACAUAAUUACAAAAUUUCAACUAGUUUCAUAAAGAAUGACGAAAGAUAUAAUUGACUGAAUACAUCAAAAUGGAUUUCUAUUCGGACAACCCUUUCUGAGCGCUGAUUGGCUAAAAUACGAACACGAGAUCACCUAGUUAAUUAAUAUUGUAAAAAUUUGCAGUUUGCUGAAGUACUCAUUGAACAUGGAGCUGAAGUAAAUACUUUUGAUAAAACAAGCAAAGCAACACCAUUACAUCGUGCUGCAUCAAGGUAUUCAUUUACUAGUGGGUUUCAGUCAGUGAGCUAUAUAUAUAUAUCUGGAGCGAGAACCGGAGUCCAAAAACAACCUCGUACCCAGGCUCUUACCUUCGCUGAUUAAGCCAAAGAUGGAGGUAUUGGACGUCAGUUUCAGUCCCUUUCUGUUGUUUUGUCUGCACGGUCUGCAAGGAGUGUCCCGAAAUUUCGCAUUUUGACUUUGAUUUAAAGAAAAAUACUAUAUGAUUUUAUGAACUAGCUGAUAACUUGAUUAGUGAUAUAUGGUCCGUUAGAAAAAAUCUGGAAUUAGCUGAGGAAAAUUGUAUUAAAACUGUUCACAAUAUCUUUAUAGCUAUUGGAUGUCAAUUCCUCGGUCCAUCUUGGCUUCUCUCAUGGGCUGGAUGACUGAAGUUCUGAAAUGGGGGGGGGGGGUGAAUAGGGGUAUACAAAUCCACUGAUCUGUCCAAAUUUAAAGCAAACGCCCUAACUGUCGGGGGCCCUUAGUUUUUGAACUAACCCUACUCAAUGAGCGUUACGCUACUGCCUGGGUUGAGCAUCGACUGAUUCUUUUCAUAUAAGUGUCAUAAUCAAGUCUGCAGUCAAGAAUUGGACCUACCGAAGCCCUUAUAUAGAUCUGGACAUAGUGUAUCAGGAUAUAAUGGUCUGGAAACUGAACAGAAGUCAUUGUAUUAUGUUUUUAUCUGAGUUUAUGUUAAUUUGUACACUGUCACGGUGAUUGAGCUCAUUGUAUUUUCAUAUGAUGAAAUAAUCGUCCAAUAGGGAAAGGUGAGAUGAAACGUGCAACAACGAUGAAUAAUAUUUAGUGAAGUUGAGACAAAGGAUUUGUGCACAAUGAGGUUACAGUUGAACAUCAAACAAAGGUCUUCUAUUUUAUGGCUUUGUAGUUUGCCGGGAUUCCAGACCAUCAUAUCUUAACAGACUAUGAUCUGGAAUAUGGCUUAAAACUUAAGAUCUACAUGGCAGUACAUCUCUUUGGAUAUAGUGCAAAGACAUACUAUCUGGCAAUCUUGCAUGUUAUUAGUGUAUAUUUUAUUAUAUAAUAACCUUAAGAAUUUAAGUGCUUUCAUUGGUCGAGAGCCAUGAUCUAUUAGAGGACAGACGCACACAGAAUGACAUCACGAUUAAGGUAGCCAAUAGCAGUCCCUUAUUUGUAUAGAUCAUGUACGCGUGAUAUUUGUAAAAUUUCGACUUUUUCAUAUUUCCAGUAUUGUUUAAUUCGGUGUUUUUCUUUUUACUCGCCUCUUUUUUGUUCUUCCCAGAUUAUGACGUCAUACUGUGUUUCUAUAACUGAAGAGACAACGGCAAAAUCUUAUCUGUUUGUUAAUAGACCUUUCCCCCUUUUGAGUGGAAUUUUGAUCUAGACAAGUCUGGACAAAACCACAGCUUGAAAAAGCAUCACAAAAUUUGUAAUAUUCCGAAGUUUUGUUGCGAAAUGUUGUAAAAUGCGGAUAAUAUAGCCCUGCGAAGUUUGCCGUUUGUAAUAUCAAAUGACUGAAAAACGGCAAACUUCGCAAGCCUAUAUUAUCCGCAUUUUACAACAUUUCGCAACGAAACUUCGGAAUAUUACUAAUUUUGUUAUGCUCUUUCAAGCUGUCUUUGUCCAAGCUUGUCUAGAUCAAAAUUUCACUCAUAAGGGGAAAAUUCUGUUAGAUAACGAAAUCACGGAUAACGAAUCAAUUUCGUUCUGUGAUUAAGAUAACAAAAUCGUCGUUAGCCUAAUAAGUUUAUUGGAACUGCCUCCACCAAGACUGUCAAUGAUUAAUGGAAAUUGACCCCGCCAUACACAGCGAUAGCAUGCAAAACGAGAAAAUUUAAACAAUUAAGCAGAUCAAGAUUAUACCGAACAUAAUUUUAUGUUUUCCAGAGGCCAUUCAAAGAUGGUGACUAUUUUGUUAAAACAAAAAGCAGAUCCAAAUUCUGUUGAGAUUGAAGGGAAUACUCCGUUACAUAUGGCGUGUGAAGAAGAUAGAACUCAAGUGGCUCAAAUUUUAGUUGAAAAUCAAGCUGACAUAACACUUCUUAAUAAGGUAACAAAUGAGAAACUAUAUCAAUUAAGUUUUGAUUAGGUUCGACAUGGCACAAAAUACGGCAAGUCGCGUCGUAUUAUGCGACAUAGGUUCGACAUGGGUUUGGACGUCAUGGCAGUGCCGCUUUUCAUGAAAAUGAUUAAUCAGGCCUUGUUUCUGUGUGUAUCUUGGCACUGUACAAUUAAGUCCCACAUCUAAAUCAGUUGCCGAACUUGUGCCUGAACUACCUGAAAAAGAUAUCUCAAACGUGGGAGUCCAGUGUAGGUAGUAUCCUUCAAUAAGCUGUCGUGGUUUGUACCCAAACUACCUGAAAAAGAUAUCUCAAACGUGGUGGUCCAGUGUGGGUAGUAUUCUUCAAUAAGCUGUCGUGGUUUGUACCUGAACUACCCGAAAAAGAUAUCUCAAACGUACGUGGUGAUCUAGUGUAGGUAGUAUUCUACAAUAAGCUGUCGUGGUUUGUGUCUGAACUACCUGAAAAAGAUAUCUGAAACAUGGUGGUCCAGUGUAGGUAGUAUUCUACAAUAAGUUGUCGUGGUUUGUGUCUGAACUACCUGAAAAAAUCUUUCAAACGUGGUGAUCCAGUGUAGGUAGUAUAUGCUACAAUAAGUUGUCGUGGUUUGUGUUUAACACACACUUGACACAUUAAAAGUUUAUGGUAGCUGAAAUUAAUCUUUUUCAAGUAGUUCAGCCUUCAGGGACAAAUUACAGCAGUUUAUAAAUGUAUCUGUCGCAGCUGGUCUUAUAACAAAGAGAAAACUGAUGUUGGUAAUCUUUAAACACAGCUUCACCUUUUCUCGUCUAGGAAAAGAAAACUGCGUUAGACUUGGCAAGUAAGCAACUAGCCAACUACCUGAGAAGAUUAACAGAGUGA